AUGGGUUUCCUUGGAAAACUUAAUUCCCUGUUGACUCUUGAUGAGUCCAACAUGAUGCAAAAUAAGGACUUGGUUCCAAUGCCCGUUUCGAGAAGAAAAUGGGGUUUGUGGGCCUUCAUUUGGUAUUGGGGUAUCACUUCGUUAUGUGCGGUGACAUGGUCUGCCGGUUCUUCGUUAUUAUCUUUAGGUUUAAACGGUAACAACGCUAUGGGCAUUGUUGUCGUUGCAAACCUUAUAAUCACUGCCGCCGCUGUGUUGAAUGGUAUGUAUGGUGCUAGAUAUCAUAUCGGUUAUUCCGUGUAUCAGAGGGUCGUCUUUGGCAUUAGGGGUUCUGUCCUGGGUGUGCUCAUGAGAUGCAUUCUAUCUGUGGUGUGGUUUGCCUCUGAAGCUUGGCUUGGUGGUCUUUGUGUCAACGUCAUUCUCAGUUCGUGGAGUGAGAGCUACUUGAAUUGGGAGAAUACAUUGCCCGACAGUGUUCCUAUGACUAGUCAGGAACUUGUCGGCUUUGUUCUUUAUCUCAUCCUUAGUAUUCCAUUCUUGGUUAUUCACCCUGAAUAUAUUGAUUACCUAUUAGCAGUUGCUAGUUUUGCAAUUUUCUUUAUGGGUAUCGGUAUGACUGCUUGGGCCGUCCAUCAUAAUGACGGACAUUACGGAUCUCUUAUGGGUGCCAAGAUGGACCUUAGUUCCUCUGAGUUAGGUUGGGCAUGGCUGUACGGUCUCUCCAGUUGGUAUUCUUCUUUGACGGCUGGUAUCGCCAAUCAAGGUGACUUCUCAAGGUAUAACAAAAGUGUCAAGGGCUCAGCAUGGGGUAUACUGUUAGGUAUGAAUCUAACCGGUUUUAUCGUGCCCCUUUUUGGCCUUAUCACUGCUAGUGCAUUGUACGAAAAGGAUGGCGUGUAUUACUGGAUGCCGAAUGACGUGUGUUUGAAGUGGUUGCAAGAUGAUUAUAGUGCUGGUUCUAGAGCUGCUGCUUUCUUCUGUGGCCUUGCUCUUGUCAUUUCCCAAUUUGGUAUGAACUGUGUUGGUAACGGUAUCAGUGGUGCUAUGGACCUUUCGUCUCUAUGGCCGAAAUACAUCAAUAUUAGGAGGGGUGCCAUCAUCAUUAUGAUUCUUUCCUGGCCGACACAGCCUUGGCUAUUCUAUAACUCUGACUCUGUCUUUUUAACAGUCAUGUCCUCCUUCUCGAUCUUUAUUACUCCCUUGAUCGCUGUUUUUGUUUGCGACUUCUUCCUCGUUAGAAGAGGUGUUAUCAAGUUGUCGGACUGCUACAUCAACUCUAAAGAGAGCAUCUACUGGUUUAACAACGGUUUCAACUGGAGAAGUGUUAUAUCUUUCUUGGUGGGCGUUGCACCAGGUCUUCCUGGUCUCAUGAAUGCCGCCAAUCCUUCCAUUAAGAUUAAUGCGGGAGCAACGCACUUCUUCCAGGGUUCCUUUAUUUUCCAAUUCUUUAUUUCUCUUGCUGUUCAUCUCAUUUUGAACAUGUUGUUUAAGGUUGAAGUUGGAGAGCAAGACGCUGUCGAUUAUUUCGGUACGUAUAAGCCUCUGGAAUGUGUGCGCUAUAAGGUGAUUCCACAUUCCUCUUUGGAGAAACCUGAAGAUGUCAUUGGCAUGGAGAUGGAAAAGACUCCAAGCGGCAAAGAGGUAAUGUCUGUGGUUUCAAGUAAAAACCAGUAA